CGGCGACGCGGCCGAGCCGUCCAUUCAGACACGGACGUUUCUGCUAGAUAAUCGUAUCGCGCGCAUUACGGCACACGCGUGUGUUUUUCCGCAUUUGCCGACAACAAAGGGGGCCGACAGCCGGUCGUGGCGGCAGAGCGGCAGGGAGCAGCCCGUCGUCGUCGUCACCGUAGUCGUCAUCGUCUCUUCGCACCCAUGGCAGACCAUGAGGUCGUCCAGGCGAAAAGCAGCUGGAUUUGGGGAUGGUUUAGCUGGUCUGGAUCGUCCUCGACUAUGUUGCGCGCUGCGGAGAAGAAGAUCCUGUCGUGCUUGAAGACGGCGUAUCGCGGAUGGUACGUCGACAUUGGGCCGGUUGUGGGCCCGGCGGACAAGAUAUGGACAAUCUCGCUGAACGAGGAAUCGCCGAAGGUGCCCAUUGUCUUGCUACAUGGCUUGGGUGCUGGGGUAGCGCUGUGGUGUUUGAACUUGGACAUGCUCGCAUCCCAGAGACCGGUGUACGCCAUCGACCUGUUAGGGUUUGGCAGGAGUAGCAGACCUGUUUUUAGCAACGAAGCGCAGAAAGCUGAGGAGCAGUUGGUAAGUUCCGUGGAGGAGUGGAGGAGAGAAAUGCAGCUGGAGAAUUUCGUGUUGCUGGGUCACUCGAUGGGUGGCUUUCUCGCGGCGUCCUACGCCAUGCAAUACCCCGAGAGAGUGAAACACCUCAUAUUGGCCGACCCGUGGGGCUUCCCCGAGAAGCCGCCCGACGCUGUCGCCAAGGCACACAUACCGUUCUGGGUUAAAGCCAUCGCGUUCGCAGUGCAGCCCUUGAACCCUCUGUGGGCAGUUAGAGUUGCUGGACCAUUUGGACAGUGGCUGAUUGAGAAGACGAGGCCUGACAUCGUGAAGAAGUUCACCCCCGUAUUGAAGGACGAAACUGCUAUAAUUUCGCAAUAUAUACAUCAAUGCAACGCGCAGACACCCUCAGGCGAGAGCGCGUUUCAUGCUAUGAUGCAAGGCUUCGGGUGGGCAAAAAAUCCAAUUGUUAAGCGAAUGGAUAAACUGUCUGAUGAUAUACCUAUAACGCUACUUUACGGCAGUAGAUCGUGGGUCGACAAUACAGCUGGUGAAACGAUUAAACAGUACCGCUCUUCGUCGUACGUUAACGUUCAGGUGAUUACUGGAGCUGGUCAUCACGUUUACGCGGACAAAAGCGAAACCUUCAACAAAUACGUACUGGAGGCGUGCGCCUUAAGUGAUUCGAUACCUCGCUUGACAUCGUCGAAUUCACGUCUCUACACUAAGUCCGUAACCGAUCAAGGGAUAGAUGUAAAUUUACCGAACGAUGCGCUCGGGGAACGAAGGCCGGAGGAGAAAAACCUGAGCACAUCAGGAUCGACGGAAUCAAAGAUUUAAGUAAAAUCUAGCGUAUGGAAUACUUUCUCGUGAAAAUGGACAUUCCGGUUCUGCCAGCUGGUACAAAAAAACAUAUAGCGUGUAUUGUGAUGCACGGUGAUGUAUGUGCAAGGUAUAAGCAUACAUGUGACAUGUGAGCUUUAUGUAAUUUAUAAAUGCAAUAACGUAAAAGGAGCGUAAACUGACGGAUGUUAAUCACGUGCUGAUUGACUGUUUAUAUUAAGAUAUGUAUAAGAUAUCACAAAAUCGUUAUUCCAGUUUUAGUUUUGGAAAUUUAUGACAAUGUAUUACUGCAAAUGCGCGAAAACGUUAGAAAAAUAGUGUGAUCUUGUCAUAUAAGUAAGAUAUCGUUUUUAAUCGUUGAUUACAGAUGCUCACGGGUAAAAAAAAAUCUAUUAUACAAUAGCGUACCGUGAAAAAUUCGCGUAAAGGAUCGUCUACAAUAGAUGAAGUAAGGCUUGAUGUAAAAAGUAAGAGUAGGAGUAAAGAAAUGAAUCAUUUCAAUUUCUUUUUCCGAUCUUGACUCUGACCCUCACUCAGCGAAUUGGAGCGCAGUUUGACAAGCGCUACAAAUAUUUAAGAAAAAUGAUGCCUGUACCUUAGCUUUUACACUGAAAGGUAAAAGGUUGUGACUUUCUUCUUACUGCGUACUUCCAAUGUAGACGGUCCUUGAAUCAAAAGGGAUCAAGCGCUUAUACGAGGUGUAACUAAACAACGGAAUUUUGUACAUUGUGUACAGUCUUAGCUUUACUAACACAGGCCAUAGUAGUGUCUAGCGAAGAAUGAGCAUUUUUGUUAUUGUUAUUGUAUUAUCUCACAGCAAGAUUUUAUGUAUAUUGUAUACAAUACAAUUUAUUACUAAUAAAUUAUUUAUUGUACACACAUGUACAGAAAGUCGAGCAUUAGUAUUAUAUUUAUAUUGAAUAAAAAUUGUUUUGAUCGUAA